ACCCAUGUCGCCGAGCUUUGGGAUGACAAGCCAGCAGAUCUUGAGCAGACAUCAAAGCGAGGAUUUGGACGUAAGUGUCUCCGAAUGGAACUACUCCAUAGUCAUGGUGCUAUAAAGUGAUGAAUUUCCCGAGGGCCCAUGCAAUUUUCCGUCAUUUUGAAUUAUUGGGCAAUUGGGGCUCCUCUAGGAAAUAGCAUGGCAACGGUUGCAGGUUUUAAUGUCCGAUGGCCUCGUCAUCUAAUCCUUCUUAUCAACAUUCAUUACAGAAACUGGCCUCUGAGGAUGAAGACAUGCGAAGGCACAUGCAAUUGAUCGGCAAGGUCAGCGAGUUUUCAUCUAGAUCGUUGCCGCCCGUUCC